CAGGUUCGUGAUGAACCUGACGGUCUCCAACCUCUUAACUUGCGCCGUGUUGUCGCCCCUGCUGAUGGUGGACGCGCCGUCUUCGAGAAGCCUCUGCGCCAUCUCCGAGGGAGCCACGGCAUUAGUAACGACCUCUUCGGUCCUGUCCGUGCUACUGAUAGCAGUAGACCAGUACUUCGCCGUAGUGGACCCUCUUCGCUAUCGGACACGCAUAGACAAACUAAAAUGUGGAGUGCUGAUCGGUUCCAUCUGGGUGAUAGCCCUGAUCUUCGGGUUCCUGGCGGGAUUAAAUCCACAUCCUCGAAGUCUCUGGCUCUCCUGCUCCGCCGAGAACGACUCUAUCGCCAUUGACGACGUCCAAACGAGGAUAGACGUCUUCAGGAGGUCAAACUGGACAGCAGGCACCGUCUUCGAGGAACCCCACCUAAAGUUCCAGAAUAUCAGCAAGUUUCCAGGAGAAGACCUGCUAGAAGAGUUCCCAGUUCUCGGCGACGAGCCUCGACCCAGUUGGUGGGAAUACCUGAGUUAUGGUCUGGUGUACACCCUGAGCUACGGCCUCCUGGUGUACCUGGUCCCCUUCGCAGGGGUCUGUUGGACCUAUGUCAGGAUCUACUCGGCAGCUAGAAGAAACUCGGAGAGGACUCGACGCACCGGGUCGAGGCCGAUCCUUUCUUCGGGGAGCCUCUGCGAGGAGUACUGUCCAGUUCGCCAGGACGUAGUGGGCGAGGAGUUCCGUAGGAUCCCGAAGAUCUCCAGUCUGUCCUCCAUCGAGGAGAGCAUCGAGACGAGUCCUAGUCAAAUGCCGCGCAGAUGCUCCGAUCUGAUCCUGUCGACCAGGAAGCCGAUGGAGGACUCCGGCAACGUGGUCUUCACCCUAGGGUGCGGAAAGGUGGACGGUACUUCGGAGAGGUCGAAGGACGUUUCCAGGGUCCCGAUCUCUGUUCUUAAGACGGAGUUCUUGGACAGGAAGGAAGAUAGAACUCCCCAGGACGACCGGAUCAGGAGCAGGUUUCUGGACCGCCCGGAUGAGAGACGGAAAUCCUCCCACGAUCUCAUGUACGAGGAGUCCAUCCUAGCCAGGAGGGGGUCCGGGAAGUCUGGACUCUCCGACUCUUCCUCCGAAGACAGCAGCCAGGAAGACGACACGUCGGCCACCUACAAAGGGAACCACGAGAACCUGGACGGGAUAGAUCUCCGAUGUUUCGACUCUCGGGAAGAGAGAGCUGACGAGGAUCUACCCCGUCCAUCAGGUCGCGACCUUCCUCAGAACAUAGAUAUUAAGGACCCCGAAACGAUCCUAGACGAUUCCCCGGGAAGCGACCCCGAUUUGUGUGCACAUCCGCACAAAUUCGAGGUUGAGGGUGGAAACGGUACCGAGGACUGUACCUCGAUCUGCCCCAGGUUACCCCGGAGUCUCAGGAUGCCAGGAUCGGGCAACAAACCGUACCUUGGGUGUCCCUCCCUUAGCAAAACUGGAUGUCGCGUUGGGAAUGGAGUCCAUCAACGCGUGGAGUGCAGCUUCGACGUCGAGGACGCCGUUGGCAAGAUCCACCAGGGUAUCGCUUUCACGAAGACCGACUCGUCGAACUCUUUGUUUGGGACUGGACCCAAUACUCCUGUCGUGACGAUAACGCCCCCAAAUAAGCUACCGCUUCAUAGGGCCUCCAGCACCAGGAGCACCAGCAGCUACAUCAACUCCUUGAAGUACAGGAUCAGCAACGCGUCCCUUUUCAAGUACAGGGAAGAGACCAGAGCCGCCAGGAUCAGUGCCCUGGUGAUCGUGAUGGGCCUCUUCUGCUGGACGCCCUACGUCGUUAUGCUGAUCCUGAGGAACCUUCCGGUGUAUCCUGAAGAACAGGCCCCGCCACACAAGUAUGACGUGAUCGCCUUGGGGCUUUUGAUCUUGGCUGCCUAUGUCAGUCCUCUGCUCUUCGGGUACCGGUCCAGGAGAGUCAAGAGGGAGCUGCGGAAGAUUUUCUGCUUCAGGAAGGAACUGUCCUACAAGAAUAAUAGGAGUCUCAUGGCGAAAAAAGUACUCAAGCGGAGGCAUAGUGGUGGCACCUUCAAUCAGUUUGAUGUGGAUACCAAGUAUAACAUCUUCAACUGUGUUUAUGGGAAGACAAGAUGGCCCAAAGAGAAGGUGCAGUUUGUCCAGGUUCCUGAUACCGCCCUUGCAGUGGAAACUUGCAGAAGUAGCUUCUCUAGUGGAGCUAGCACGCAGAUAUCCACCACUUCUACCGAGGAGUGUUGAUCUCGAAAGCAGGAACCUUUAUUUAUACUUUAAGGCGGUAUGAAAGUGGUCUUAGAUAAAGAGUUGAUCAUUCGACAUUUUACCAGGCGAAUGUGGAGGCACUAAGAAAGGUUGCGACACCCAUGAAAUUGUAAUUAUCCGGUUUUAUAUAUAUAUAUAUAUAUAACCGGAUAAUUAC